GGAAAAAAUGCAGAGGGGGAGUGAGAAGAUGGAGAAGGGGGGAGAGAAACAGAAGCAGCCUCCCAAUAUUUCACCGAUGAAGCCACUCACUCACGCUGCUUACGGCGGCGGAUUGUACAGAGCCGACGACGAGCCAUCGAGAAAGCUGGUAAAGCCGCCGGCCAGCAACACGCAGAGUGCCGAUGGGCCGGAGGGGCCCAACAUCCAGCCCAAGCACAAGCCACCGCCGUCAACCGGUGAUCGAGAUACUGAUAUCACCGGCCAGUCUUAUAUUCAGUAAAUAACAAGUGUUGUAUCGUACAACCGUUACACUAAGGUCUGUUUGGAUUGGCUUAUCAAAUAAAGUAAUUGUUUUAAGCGUUAGUAAAAGCUGCCAUGACUGAC